CAAAAUAUCGCGGGAAAUUGCGAUAACAUAAAUUGUUGUAGCAACAAGGUGCGUUAGCGAAUAUUUAGAGUGAUUUUCUACAGACCUUUGGCGAUUAAAUUGUGUAAAAAUUAAUUACAAAGUAUAAAGAACAAUGUCAGAUAUCCAUUCUACUGCAUUCCGUUAUGAUGCUGUGUGCAAAGAACUUGGUAUUGAUCCAAAUCCAUACUUUGUGACAAUGUUUGAGAAGGAAAAAGAGGACACAGUUUUGAGGAAACAGAAAGGUGAAAUCAAAGACACCAUGCAUUUGUAUUUGGCGGGAAACAACAAGCUUCUGACUGACAAGCGCCUGGAGGACAAAGAUUGUGAAGUUCUGUACAAGCUUCUACAAAACAAUGUGUUUGUGACCAGUUUAGACCUUCGCUACAAUAACCUGACAGAUGAAGGAAUCAAAUUCUUGGCAAAGCUGCUGGAGCUGUACUAG